AUGGAUUUUGAUGAGCGCGUGUCUAACAUGUACCUACCGAGCUGCACUUACUACGUCUCCGGACCGGACUUCGGCGGACUGCCUCACUAUUUAACCCAGAGCCAGUCCUCUCACCCGGUAGCGUACUCCUACCAGAACCCGGCGCUCCCGCAGGUCCCGUCCGUCAGAGACGUUGCGUUCAGGGACUAUGGCAUUGACUCGUCUGCGGCCAAAUGGCACCACAGCAGGGGGAGUCUGUCUCACUGCUACGCGGAGGACAUGGUGCACCGAGACGGCUGGACAAGUCCGACCUCCCGCGGGGGAGAAGUGCUGGUCAAGACAGGAUCCGGCAGCAACUUCUACGGCAGCGUGGGUCGCAACGGAGUCCUGCCCCAAGCCUUCGAUCAGUUCUUCGACACCGCCUACGGAGGCUCCGAAAGCAGCGGCGCGACACCAGCUGCUCCGCCGGGAGAAGGCGACCGACACGCCGCCAGCCCAGCUCCGGCGCACGCGGUCUCCGACUCCGCGGACAGCUGCAGCCCCGAACCUUCCCACGAUCCCGGCGAGGAGAAGCCCGGCAAAGGCAGCAGUGGACAGAGGACACGCAAGAAGAGAUGUCCAUAUUCCAAAUACCAGAUCAGGGAACUGGAGCGGGAGUUCUUUUUCAGCGUUUACAUCAACAAAGAGAAGCGGCUGCAGCUCUCCAGGAUGCUCAAUCUGACUGACCGCCAGGUGAAAAUCUGGUUCCAGAACCGCAGGAUGAAGGAGAAGAAGCUCAACAGGGACCGUUUACAGUACUACACCACCAACCCGCUGCUAUAAGAGACUUUCACUGGCACACGAUCUUUCACAACAUCUGACCUGGACAAGAUGGCGCGACUCACCGCGUCCAUCUGGACUGCUAGCCACAGAACAUUCUGACAUUAUUAUUAUUAUUAUUAUUAUUAUUAUUAUUAUUAUUAUUAUUAUUAUUAUUAUAUACGUGAAUUGUUUGGCGUGAGUGUGUUAUU